AUGGAUUCUCCACUUCUGUCCGAAUCCACCAAAUCUACCCCACCAUCGUCUAUAUCAAAUGAGGAGAGAUGUGUCGAUCCUAUUGCUGUCGUCGGAUUCUCACUCAAGUUUCCGCAAGAAGCGAGAGAUGCCGAGUCCUUUUGGAAGGUAUUGAUGGACAUGAGAUGUACCGCCACAGAAUAUCCAGAAGAUCGCCUCAGUAAAUCAAAUCGCUACCAUCCAGAUCCGAAUCGCAAAGACACAUUUUCUGUCAGCGGGGCACACUUCCUGCAAGACAAGAUUUCCACAUUUGACGCUCCAUUCUUCUCAAUCGGAGCCACUGAAGCAGCUGCUUUAGACCCACAGCAUCGUGGGCUUCUCGAAACCACGUAUAGAGCACUUGAAAACUCUGGCUUGCCAUUGAGUAGGGUUGAUGGCACAAAAACUUCUGUUUAUACGGGUUCAUUCACAAACGAUUGGCAACAACUCUGCUACAAAGACUCGGAGAAUAGCCAGACUUAUGUUGGUAUGGGAAGUGCCGCAUGCAUGACCGCGAACCGUAUCAAUUGGUUUUUUAACUUCACCGGAGGCAGCGCAAACAUCGACACAGCCUGCUCAAGUUCCUUGGUAGCCCUACAUCUUGCAUGUCAAGAUUUGCUAAGCGGUGACGUUGAUAUGUCAAUUGCCGCGGGAUGCAAUCUUAUCUUCUCACCAGAUUGGAUUCAUCUCCUUUCUAAUAUGAAGAUGCUUUCUCCAGAUUACCGAAGCUAUAGCUUUGACAGCAGAGCAAAUGGUUAUUCGCGUUCAGAGGGACUUGGUGUUCUUGUCUUGAAAAGACUUUCAAGUGCUAUUGCAGAUGGCAACACAAUUCGUGCAAUCAUCCGAGCAAGCGGAAGUAACCAAGACGGACUUACGCCGGGGGGAAUCAUGCAGCCAAGCAGAAUCUCGCAGGAAAUUCUAAUACGGGAAGUCUACCAGAAAGCCGGCUUGAGUAUGGAUAGCACUCGUUUUGUAGAAUCACACGGAACUGGCACGGCUAUAGGCGAUCCCAUAGAGGCUGCGGCCCUUGGCUCAGCAUUCAAAGCAGCGAGGACUCUAGAGGAUCCAUUAUACGUUGGGGCUCUUAAGAGUAAUAUUGGUCAUAUGGAGGGAGCAAGUGGAAUAGCAGGGGUAAUAAAAGCAAUUUUGGUGCUUGAGAAAGCAAUUAUACCACCGAAUGCCAACUUUGAGAGGUUGAAUCCAAGAAUUGAUGCUGAGUUCCUCAAACUUAAGUUUCCGAUUUGCCCAACUCCAUGGCCUACAACAGGCCUUAGAAGAGCCUCUGUAAACUCUUUCGGGUUCGGCGGAACAAAUGCACACAUUGUCCUUGACGAUGUCUACCAUUAUUUGGAGUCUAGAGGUCUAGUAGCUAGCCACAACACUGUUGAAAACGCCCCAUCAUACUCAUCAAAUGAAAUCGCUCCUCAGGAGCACUUGGAAAAAGAGGCAUUGACUUCGGGGAAUACUACGCUUGGGAUGCGCAAAUUGUUUGUCUUCACGGCAAACGAUCCAGCAGCACUCAAGCGUGUCGUGGAUCAAUAUGCAACUUAUUUCAAGGAAUCCGUAUCAGUCUCCAGAACACCGGAUUUCCUUGCGAGAAUGUCGUAUACGUUAACAAAGAAGAGAACCAUGCUAAAGUGGAGAACCCAUGUCGUCACCGAUAACUUAGAGGAUCUUAGGAAUUUGACAAUCACAAGCUCACUUCCCAUACUAUCCCUGAAAACUCCGUUGAUGGGGUUUGUGUUUACUGGCCAAGGAGCACAAUGGGCAUGCAUGGGACUUGAGUUACUCAAGUUUCAGGUCUUUGCUCGCAGCUUAGCUAUGGCAGAGCAGCAUCUCAAAGAUAUUGGAUCCUGUUGGAGUCUUUCAGAGAAGCUCUCGCGUUCGGCCCUGAACUCUGAUAUCAACAACGCCGAAUUCAGUCAGCCAAUAUGCACUGCAGUUCAGAUUGCACUAGUUGAUCUAUUAAAAAGUUUCAACAUUCACCCGAAUGCUGUAGUUGGCCAUUCUUCCGGAGAGAUUGCCGCUUCGUAUUGUAUUGGAGCAUUGUCUGCAAAAUCUGCUCUCAGAGUCGCAUACUUUCGAGGAAAAGCUGCUGCCAAACUUUCCUCGCACAAUGGCCCAACUGGUGCUAUGAUGUCUAUUGGUCUUCCAAAAGACGAAGCGCAAAAGUAUAUCGACCAGAUUUCGAUUCAAAAUGGCCAUAUUGGGCUCACGGUUGCAUGUAUAAACAGCAAUCGAAACGUCACUGUGUCAGGUGACGAAACUCAAAUCGACGAAUUAAGAACACUUUUAAAGAUGGAAGCAAUACCCGCUACAAAGCUCAAGGUCAAUAUUGCUUAUCACUCCUAUCACAUGGAAGCUAUUGCAUUAGAGUACGAAAGUUCUAUUCAAAAUAUCGAAGCAGGAUGGAGCGCUUCUCGAAGUUGUAUUAUGAUCUCCACUGUCACUGGACGAUUGAUUGAAUCCAGCGACUUGCGCGAACCAAGCUAUUGGGUAAGUAACAUGGUGUCUCCAGUGAGAUUCUACGAAGCCAUGCAAUCAAUAUGUGGUCAGACUUCUCGACUGACCCGAAAGAAGCUUGACUGUAGCCACAGAGCUCAUAUAUGUGUCAACAUGCUAAUUGAGGUGGGACCUCACUCUGCCUUGCAAGGACCAAUACAGCAAAUUUUGAGUCAAAAUCCACAGGCAAGAAUAUCAUAUUCGUCUAUGCUGCACCGGAAGAGGCCAGCAGAGGAAACAGCGCUAAAUGUUGUAUGCACGACUUAUUGUCUCGGAGCACCUACAAAUAUCGACUCUCUCCAUAUUUCUAAGACUAAUGGGAUGCCUGGGAUGCUACUUAAUCUUCCAGAGUAUCCAUUUGAUCAAUCAGUGGAAUAUUGGUACGAAACGAAGUCUAGCAAAAGAAAUCGCUUGCAUCCUCAAGGCAAGCUUGACUUACUUGGUAAGCCAUCGACGGACUGGAACCCAAUGGAAGCUAGAUGGCGCAAUUUUAUUCGGGUGUCUGAUAUGCCUUGGGUGGAAGACCAUGUUAUCAAUGGCUCCUUGAUAUAUCCAGCAGCAGGAAUGCUCGUGAUGGCUAUCGAGGCGGCAAAUCAAAUAGCAAAUCACGAUGAAGAAAUCGCAGGGUUCCAAUUCAAAGAUGUGGUAUUCCCGAAAGCAUUGAGCGUUCCUCUGGAAGAUAAUGGUGUGGAAGUUCACUUUUAUCUCCGAAGGCCAUCAGGUAAAGCAGAAAGCAGCUCAUCUUGGCUACAAUUUCGACUGUGCACUUGUAGGGAGACCAAUCUUGACGAACAGUGGGAAGAUCACUUUUACGGCUUUAUCAAAAUUGAAUACGGACCAAGAAUUCGAUCUCUACACGAGAUUGAGAGCGAGAGGCAAAGACUAGCAGCCGCAGGGGUAAUGCAAGAUCAAACUGUGCCUUCCAAAAAGCUCUAUGAAACAUUGAAAGAUUCAGGGUACAAUUUCGGACCAUCUUUCCAAACUCUGGAAAAGAUCACGUAUCAAUCUCAUGCCACGAUAGAAGCUUGUGCUUCUGUGAGACUGUAUCGGUGGCCAGAUGACCAGUUUCCCCAACAGCAUAUCAUCCACCCGACAACCCUCGAUGGAAUGCUUCAUUCUUGUCUGGCCGCACUUGCUCAGGACUGUCAAAAGAAACUAGAAACCGCGGUGCCUAGUCAUAUCCGAAGAUUAUCAAUCGCAAAAUCAGGAUUGAAUUUCUCUGAAGCAAGUCAUGUUCUUGCCAUUGCUUCUGGAACGGAAAUCACAAAUCGCUACUCUGAAUUUAACAUAUCUGUUCUUAAUUCAACUUCUGAAAAUCUUUUGAUGCGAUGUGAGGGUUUACGUAUGACGGUUGUAACUGACACACAAGACUUGGAGAAAGUCUCUCGAGAAGAUCAUGUAUGCCACAUCUUAGACUUUCAGCCAGACAUCGACUUGCUUGGGCCUGAUCAACUCAGCGAGUUUUGCGCUAUACAAAACUCAAAGGAGGAAGAGCCCAAGCAAUUCUAUUCAGACCUUCUAUUUCUCACUUAUGUGUUUCUCGUGAAAGCAUUACAGGGAUUGGGCGCCACCAAGCCAUCUUUACCAUAUUUACAAAAGUAUAUUGAUUGGGCCAGAUAUCAGGUUGAGCGAUACAAUGAUGGGGCUUUGCCGUAUAGUCAGCAAGGAUGGGAGAUUUUAAUGAAAGAUGAAAAGAAUAUCAAGGAACUGAUCUCGCGUGUUGAGUCUAAAACGGCCCAGGGACGUGCAUUUGUCGCAACGGGCCAAAAUAUACUUCCAAUAUUGCGUGGUGAAAUUAGCUCUCAGGAAUUUCUCUUCAAGUCCGAUCUCGCUAAAGAUCUCUAUAAAGACAUCAACAACAAUCGUGUUUGCUUCCCAGCAUUCCAAAAGUAUCUUGAAGGAUUAUCGUAUAAAAAUCCCAGACUCCGAAUUCUAGAAAUAGGAGCGGGGACGGGAGGAACAACCUCGAAAGUUCUUCAAGGUCUCUGCCAAGACGGACAAGGAAUCAAGCAUUCACCUAGAUAUAUGGAAUACACUUAUACCGAUAUCUCAGCAUUCUUUUUUGAGACGGCACAAGAAGACUUCAAAGAGUUUCCGAGAAUGUCAUACCGUCUUCUCGACAUUGAGGAUGAUCCAAUCAAACAAGGCUUUGCUGAAAAUUCUUUCGACCUUAUUGUUGCAGGCAAUGUCCUUCACGCAACGGUCAGCAUAGUUAAAACAAUGAAGCACGUACGAAAGCUCUUGAAGCCCGGUGGAAAGCUUAUGAUGCACGAAAUCACUCGACCAGAUAUUUUGCGCAGCGGGUUUAUUUUCGGUCUUCUUCCAGGCUGGUGGUUAGCAACCGAUCCGUACCGGCAUUGGGGACCCGCGAUCUCAUCCCAGAAAUGGGACAGUAUUCUUUUGCAACAUGGUUUCAGUGGCAUCGAUGUUGAGCUUCCUGAAUUCGCAAGUCCGGAAUGUCAAGAACAAAGCAUAAUCAUAUCGACAGCCAGCUUUGAUGAGUCGCCAAAUCUAUCACCAAUUAUAGUAACCAUUGUGGUUGACACCUCGUUCGAAAACCAAAAGAAAGCUGCAAAUGAUCUACAAAACGAAUAUUCUGAGAAUUUCAUCAGUAGCCGCAUCCUCCAUAUGGACGAUUUUGAUAGUGAUGAUAUUGAUAAGUUGGGAAAGAUUGUCUCCCUUUUAGAAAUUGACAAUCCCAUCUUAUUUGACCUUUCCAAUGCUUCAUAUAUAAGCAUUCAAAGUAUGUUGACAUGUGCAAGCGACGUUGUAUGGGUCAGAGGUGGUGGUGGCAGGGUGGUGCAGAAUCCAGCUUGGAACAUGAUCGAAGGAAUCACCCGAGCAGUUCGAAACGAAGGGUCGGAAAAAAAAAUCACGAUCAUUGCGUUGGAGUUUAAAGAAACUGAGGAGCUUAUCCUUAACCAAGCGCAAAUUCGGAUGAUCUAUCAAUCAUCAUCUUAUCUUGGAAAUGCUCGUCUCAACGAGCAUGAAUACGUAGAAGUGAACGGGCUGUUCACAAUUCCGCGUGCAAUUCCUUCUCCCAAUCUAACUACAACUCUUCAUCAGAAGUCUCUACCUCAACAGAUCUCUUUCCAGAUGGUAUCAGAAGUUGCUCCCGCAAAAUUAACUGUUGAACACUCCGGAAGCCUUGAGACUCUACAUUUUGUUCGAGAUCAAGAUACGAGUCGACCAUUGAAGCCGACAGAUGUCGAUAUUGAAGUCAGGGCGGUAGGCAUGAGCCGCAACGAUUGCCAAUCCGUCUUAGGACGCUUGCAAAAUACAGAGUUCGGCCGCGAGGCAUGCGGAGUCGUUGUAGAGAUUGGUGCAUCCAUUACACAUCUUUCAAAAGGAGAUCGGGUUGUCGUAGUUGGUAAUGGUCUGUUCAAGACACUAGCUCGAUGUGAGGCAAGCAGCGUUUGGAAAAUACCAGAAUGGAUGUCAUUUGAAGGAGGAGCGGGUAUAUCCAUUGUGUUCUUGACAGCUUGGAACGCUGUAAGUAACAUUGCUCGAGUUCAAAGCAACGAGACCAUCUUGAUACAUGAAGCUUGUGAAGCAGUCGGACAGGCGGCAGUUCAACUAGCCCAACAUUUUGACGCUGAGAUUUUUGCUUCAUGUCGAACUUCAGACCAAAGGAAUUUACUUCUGAAUGAUUAUGGAAUACCCGAUGAUCACAUUAUACUUCUUGACAAUAAGAUGGAGUUCAAAAGUGCUCUCAUGCAUGCAACCGAGGGGCGUGGGAUGGACGUGAUUAUUAAUUCCCUUACGGGAGAUGGACUAACUGCGUCAUGGGAAUGUAUUGGGGCCUAUGGGAGAUUUGUUGAUAUCAGCCAAAGAGAUGCACAAUCUAAUUUGGCUUUAGAAGUACAUAACUUUCGGAAGAAUGCUAGCUUCUCUUCGUUUGACGUUUUCUCGUGGCUGCGGGACCGCCCAAAGCAGGCAGAGAAGGAUCUUGGUAACAUCACUCAGCUUUUUAAGUACGGGUCCUUGCGCACGGUCCAUUCGAUACAUAUCAAUAGUCUCGAAAAUAUAGCUAGCGCAUUCAGCCUCUUACAGGAAGACGAAUUAUCCGGAAAAGCUGUGAUAGAGCUGAAAAGAGAUGAUCGAAUCAAGACCCUUUUUGACACCGAACAUCCAGCCACUUUGAGCCAUGAUAGUACAUACGUUAUCUCUGGUGCGUUUGGUGGGAUUGGAAGAGCCGUUGUAUCGUGGCUGGCAUCCCGUGGUGCCAAGUAUCUUAUUUUGCUCUCGAGAUCAGGCCCCAAGGACAAACUUGCCAGCGAACUUCUUGAAUCUCUCCGAGCCCAGGGAAUCGAGUUUCGAGCUCCGAGAUGCGAUAUUACUGAUCGGAACUCUCUGUCAACGAUAGUCGCUGAGGCUACCUUGAAUUAUCCCCCGAUCAAAGGCUGUAUCCAGACAGCAAUGGUUUUAAAAGACUCUAGCUUCAUUAACAUGUCGUAUGAAGACUGGAACUUAGGCACACAAUGCAAGACACAAGGUUCCUGGAAUCUCCAUUGUCUUCUUCCCACAGACCUUGACUUCUUUGUUAUGCUGUCUUCUCUCUCUGGAGUUAUUGGCAUCCAUGGACAAGCAAACUAUGGCUCUGGAAAUACUUUUAUGGACGCUCUUGCACGUCAUCGAAUUUCUCUUGGCCAGAGGGCGGUAGCGUGGGAUCUUGGAAUCAUGGCUGAAGAUGGAUUUGUCGCAGAGGAUGAAGCAUUCUUGAAGCGCAUUGAAUCAUAUGAGGUAUUCACCUCUAUAUCAAGAAGUUAUCUGAUAGCACUAUUGGAUUAUUAUUGCGACCCCAACAUCUCCCUCUUUGAAGCCGCAGAAAGCCAAGUGCUGCUUGGGCUCGGUGCAGGCCACAUCGUCCAACGCCAGCCCCUCUUUUCACACACUUUGCAGCAAAAGUCUGUGUCAAAGCACCAAGGGGAAGCCGCCGACAAUUAUAGAGUUCUUUUUGAGGAAUCCAGUUCCAUGUUGGAGGCCGGGGUCAUCGCCAAGUCUGCCAUUGUCAAGAAACUCGCGAGGGUCCUACCUACACUUCAAAACGAGCUUGAGUUAGAGAAACCUCUCCACUUCUAUGGGGUCGACUCUUUGCUGUCCUUGGAACUAAGGAGCUGGAUUGCGAGAGAAUAUUUGACUGACGUGACAGUCUUUGAAAUACAAGGAGGAGCUAGCUUUGAUAGCAUUGGAAUGUUGAUUGCCAGGAGAAGUAAAAUUCCUCAUAGUUUGUGGUCGAGCGUAACCUCAUCCGAUUAA